ACCUGGUUCGUAAGCAACAGGCUGCAGCGUUAAAAGCCAAGAAACCACAACCAGCGUGAACGUGUGUUUCUACGCAGCCAAACAUUUCACCCAUACAACAUCAUGACGUAUAAGUCCAAAACUCCUGCUCCUACCUGGUAAGACAAAUGACCCACCGCUCAACAAGGACACCUAUAGGGACAUAUUUGGUGUCCUACAUUCUACAGGGCUCCUACAAGUGUGGUCCUUUAAGUCAGCAGUAUGACUCACUACUAUUUGACUUGAACGUUUCGUACAGGCUCUCUGGAUGUGCUCCUUUGAAAAAACACUCGAUGGUUGAUGAUCACUCAGAAUAACUGAGCUCACCGUGGGACUGGCCUGGAGCAGCCACAGAUUCCCACGACCCCUCCUCCACCACACACACACACACACAGACACACACACACACACGGGGCUGCACAGGCGCUCAGGCAGUGAGGAAACAGAGGCAGAGCAGCUUUGCACCACUUUUUUACUGAGACUGUUAUUUACUAUAAAAGCUUCACUUCAGCAGCAGCAGCAGCCGCACUGGAAAGACGAGGAAGAAGAGCAGCGUCUUCAUCCGAGGAGGAACGAGGUGAGAGAAGAAGUGUGGAUGUAAGAAUCAAAGUGUUGGAGAAGAAGAAGAAGAAGAAGAAGAAGAAGAAGAAGAAGAAGAAGAGGAAGAAGAAGAAGAAAAAAAAGACGCACACGGCGGAGUGGGAGGAAAAACGCAACUCAGCCUGAUUUAUCUCGAUGAUGCCGAGGAUCCAGUUUCUGCUUCGGAUUCACGUCCACAACAAGAGUGAAGCCAGAGGAUGACUGCAGCCAGUCCAGUCUGCAGCCCCGCCUCCUCCCACUCCUCACCUGUCUGCCUCCCAGCAUGCCACAGGCACCUGAGGAUAGGCAAGGCCCUCCAGACCAAGCUGCCCCUGCGCUCUGCCCCCGGCGUGUGGCUUCUCCUGGGCGUAGUGGUGGUCCUGGUGGGCAUGAGCGUGGCAGUGGCGGGCUAUGUGUCCGCGGAACCGAAGCCCGUGGGAGGCCGCGGCAGCACCCACGCCGAGAGGAUGAAACUGACGGGGCCCGUGGUCAUGGGAGUGGGCCUGUUCAUCUUCAUCUGUGCUGCCACGCUGCUGUACGAGAACCGGGACCAGGAAGUCCUCAAAUACGAGACGUCUGACGACCUGGAGGACCUGAAGGGAAGGUACAGCUGGGAGGACUCGCAGGAGCAGCCCAGCUUCGGCUGCCAGGAGCAGUGGGAGUGUAAAGACACAGAGCAGGGAUCCUGGGCCGCUCCGGCCCACACACUCCCACUCUCAAACCAGAGCUGGGGGCCUCCUCUUCCUCCUGCUCUGCCUCGCACCAACAGACACAACAUCAGCAGCAGCACAACAUCUCCGGAUGCAGGUGGUGGAGGUAACGAGAAGGUGGACAUAAAGGAGGAGGAGAAGGAGGGAGGGUCAACCCUACUGGCCCGAGUCUUGCACCACCAGGAACCGACUCCUCACCCACCUUCCCCCUGCCUGUCCGUCUCCCACUCCUCCGUCUACUCGGACUCCUGCAACUCCAGUGAGAUCCACUUCAACAUACGGACAGACUCUCCUCUGCCGCAUCAACACUGAACC